CUCUCUCUCUCUCUCUCUCUCCCCUCAGUCUCAAUUGGCUUGAAAACUUCCAAAAUUCUCUCCGAUGACUCGGAAAAACUCAACGAAGUGUAAGGCUCGCAUGCCUCUGUAAUUACCAAUUGCCAGUGGACCCAUUGAUUUGCUUUCUCCGCACUUAUUGAGCUUAAUUUUGAGUGCAAAACCAUCGAUUGACAUGGUCAAAACCAUUUGCCAACAAACUUACUUCCUCUCUACACUGCUUGAGCUAUAAUCUCGAAUUGCAAAAACCCACCCAGUUCAACAAGCUAGCUAGCAAUUCAUUGGAAGAGGAAAAGUUUUUUUCUGAAAAACCACAUACAAAUGCAACCCUUUGUAUUUGGUUGAAUGAAUCAUGAUUUUGAAGAGCAAUUUAGCAGGAAAGAAAAAUGAUUUGGCAGUAAAUGAAAUCUUACUCCGAAAAAGUUUAUCUAUAGCUUUAGGACUUUAGAGUUAUUUCCGCUAAACGAACUUUUAAUAGAUGUAUUGAGAGGAGAAUGACUUGUCUCAAAAAAUUCGUAUUUUUUUUAGGGCCUUUAGCCUGUUUAGUCAAUAAGGUAAACUUAGCGUGAAUUUCAUCACUCAAAAUAUUAUCCGAAUUCCGAACAAUGCGCGAAGGGAUUCACGAAUGUGAACCCAUUUGAUCAAGAAAUGCAUUUGGUCAGAACACUAGAAAAAGAACAAGGGCUGGCGAAUUCUCUGUUAGAAGCAAAGUGGCAGGAAUUCAGGAGGACUCAAAGGCCUUUCUUUGGCCCCUAAACAUACCGUUAUAAAAGACUCCAAAUGUCAAACCCAAAUACAGCAGUGCUCCCUUCCUUCAUCUUGCUGUUACCCCCGGAAAGGCAAGAUGAAGUCAUCCAUUGCAGUUUUAUCCCUUACUGUGCUCAUCAUCUGCAUGGAAGCAAUUUGUGCUCAAGGCGGAGGCAACCAUUAUGAGUCUCCACCACCACCACCGCAUUAUCAGUCUCCACCACCACCGGCACCGCAUUAUCAGUCUCCACCACCACCAUCACCACAUUAUCAGUCACCACCGCCACCACAUUAUCAGUCUCCACCACCACCAUCACCACCACCGCCGUAUUAUCAGUCAUCACCACCACCAUCACCACCGCCACCACAUUAUCAGUCACCACCGCCACCACAUUAUCAGUCUCCACCACCUCCAUCACCACCACCGCCGUAUUAUCAGUCAUCACCACCACCAUCACCACCGCCACCACAUUAUCAGUCUCCACCGCCACCACAUUAUCAGUCUCCACCACCGCCGCCACAUUAUCAGUCUCCACCACCAUCGCCACCGCAUUAUCAGUCUCCACCACCGCCAUCGCCACCACAUUAUCAGUCUCCACCGCCACCAUCGCCACCACCACCGCUGUCGCCAUAUAAUCACAAGUCGCCGCCACCGCCAUAUAAUCACAAGAAGUCGCCGCCUCCACCACCACCACAUCAUCACCACAAGCAUCCUCCACCGCCGCCGCCACAUCAUCACCACAAGCAUCCUCCACCGCCGCCUCCACCUCCGCCGCCAUAUAAUCACAAGAAGUCGCCGCCUCCACCACCGCCACAUCAUCACCACAAGCAUCCUCCACCGCCGCCGCCACAUCAUCACCACAAGCAUCCUCCACCACCGCCACCCAUGACAUCGACGAAGACCGGUGUCAAACUUCUGCCUUACUUGACAGCUCUAGGCCAACAACAAGCGAUCUGCAAACUCAAGGGAUCAGACUGUUACAACGAGAUACUGGUGUGCCCGCUGCAAUGCCCGAAGAGGAAGCCUCUGCACAAGAUCCUUAAAGGAUGCUUUAUUGACUGUAGUAGCAAGUGUGAAGCCACUUGCAGAACGUUGAAACCCAACUGCAACGGAUUUGGUGCUCUUUGUUACGACCCUCGCUUUAUUGGCGGCGAUGGUGUUAUGUUCUACUUCCACGGACAAAAGGGGGGAAAUUUCGCCGUCGUCUCUGAUGAUAAACUUCAAAUCAACGCUCACUUCAUUGGCUCUAGACCACAGGGAAGGCGUCGGGACUACACAUGGGUUCAAGCGCUCUCCGUCAUGUUCGACACUCACACCCUUGUCCUCGGAGCAAAAAGAGUUUCUCACUGGGACGACGACGUCGACUCCCUCCUUGUGAAGUGGGACGGCGAGGAGAUUUCCGUCCCCACCACUGGCGAUGCCGAAUGGAGGGUUGACUCGGACGAGAGGCAAGUGGUGGUUGAGAGAACUGGUGAUGCUAACAGCGUAAGAGUGACGGUCACUGGGCUGGUGCAGAUGGAUGUCAAGGUUGUCCCUAUAGGAGAAGAAGAUAACCGUAUCCACAACUAUCAGAUACCAGCUGACGAUGCUUUUGCUCAUCUGGAGACGCAGUUCAAGUUCUUCGAUCUCUCAGAACUCGUCGAAGGAAUUCUAGGGAAGACUUACAGGCCUGGUUAUGUUAGCCCAGCCAAGAAGGGGGUGUUCAUGCCUAUGUUGGGUGGGGAAGACAAGUACCAAACUCUCUCUCUUGAUUCCCCUGAUUGCAAGGCUUGCAGGUUCCAGAGACAAUCUGAAGCUGCGUCAAUCUAAGGACUCAAAGGAGCCAUCCCAUUUGCCACAACAACCUACAGCUACGGAGUUCCGGCAAUGGGGAACACUGGAUUUUCUUAUCGGUGUCUUUAUUUUUGUAUUAGGGUGGUGAUAAUGUCAAAACUUUUUUUAGUUAAUGGCAAAACUUCAGCGCAUGAGAGUCUUGUAUAGUGUGCAUCGUCCAAUACUCUUAUGCACUAAAGUUUUGGCAUUAACAAAAACAAUUUUCGCUUUAUCAUUUUCCUUGUAUUAUGAAUGAAUCGUGUGAAUAAGGGCAUUAUAGCUGCCCAAUCUAUACAAGCACAUAAGCUUUCAACU